CUACAGAGCAGCUCUUUGUGUGUUCCUUCCCCUUAUAUUCUCUGUCUGGAGAGUUUAUCAGAGCACGCAAAGCUGUACAUCAUUACACUCUGAGCUACAACCUCACUGCUUCACUUCCUGUGAGUCAGCGUCUAAAAAGUGAAAAUGGGGAAAAUUAAUGGAUGCAUCAAGUGCAUUUUUAUUUUCUUCAAUGUGGUGUUUAUGAUCCUGGGAUGUGUGCUGAUUUACGCCACAGUAAGGGCGACUGCCAUGACUCUGCAGAUGUCAUCAUUUGGUAUGCCAGGCUUGGGCUGGGCAUGGGUUUUUGCCAUUGGUGUCCUCGGUGUCUCCUCCCUGGGAAUCUACGCUGCCUGCUCUGAGAAAGCCCUCUUCCUCAAACUAUUCGCAGGAUUUAUGGGGACUGGAAUGAUCAUCAUGAUGAUUUUUGGCAUCAUUGUAGCGGUCCAAAGAAACCAGAUAAAGACUAUCUUCUACAGUGGCUCCAGUGAACUAGUGAAGCCCUACAUGAAAGAACAAUCCUUGAGAGAUAUGCUUGAAGCCGUACAGCAUUCUCUCUCCUGCUGUGGAAUAGUGAGUGUCAACGACUGGGGUGAUGACAUUCCUAAUUCCUGUGCAUGUGUUUCUUCAAAUCUGGGAUAUGGAGGAUAUGGAGGAUAUGGAGGAUAUGGAGGGUAUGGAGGGUUUGACUCAACUAAAUGCAAACUCAAACCUCUGGGAGCCAGAGGCCCAGCUACAGUCUAUGCAAAGUCCUGCGGUGACCUCAUCUUUUCGUAUGUAGACAUUUUCUUCAAGAUCCUUUUGGGCUUCUUCUUUGGAUUCGCUGUGACAGCACUAAUGGGCCUGCUUAUUACCAUCUUCAUGAUCCAUCAGGUCAAACAUAAUGACACUGGAGGAGACAUUGCCAUGAAGGGCUACUAAAGAGAACCACCAUGCAGCUAUGUCCUCUCAUCAUCUUUUUUUUUUACUUUGAUUUAUGAAAAAAAGUCAAUUUUGCCUUGAGAGAGGGGAAGUAGAAGGCAAUGUGGCAUGCUGCAGAAUUUUAUUCAGGACAGAAACUGCUGCUUUUCUUUCCAGCUUUCCAAUGUAUGAAACAUAGCUUAGAAAGUAAAACUUUUUUUUUUGAUAAGUUUUAUGUCUCUUUUGUGUUAUUUCAUGCUAUGCAGUAUUUUACUUGUCUUAUGUAGACUUACUAAUGAAAAGAAGUUGAACCUCUAAAUCUGACUUUACCGUUGUUAAACCGAGGAGGCUGAAGUUGUUGAGAAUAGUGCCUUUUUUCUGGUUUCAUUAAAAAAAGUGAAAACUCAAACCAAACGUAAUUAAAUAAAAAAAAACACACACAUCCAACUGCGUAGUUUGAAAUUGUCUGGAUUGUUUGGCUGUUUUGUCCUUAAGUAUAACAUUCACUGAAUAGGUUAAAGAAUUGUUUAGCCUGAACAGAUUUUUUGGGGAUUAGAUUUAAACAUGCACUGAUUUGUCCCCUGGUUAAGAAAAAAUAAGUAAAUAAAUGAAAGACUGAUUCCAUCUGUUUCUGGGAUAGGGUCAGUAAUCUAAAUUAUUAUUGCAUUCAAAUUGAAGUCAAACCUCCUCAGGUUAUCAAGUCAGAUAACCCGAUAAAUGAUCAAGUCAGAAUGGCACUUAAGCUGUCAGCUGCCUGUAUUUGUAAAGAAAUAUAAAACAAUGAAUUCAUAUAUAUUUUUUUAA